ACUGUAUGGGAGUUAUUUUGUAUCAUUCGGACAUUGCUCAAUUUUCUUGUAUACCAUCGGGAAACAGCAUCAAAGAAGUUACGAUAGUCAUGUGAAUAAACCCAUUUUGUACAUAAUUACUGCUACAUACCAAAGAAACGUUCAACGUGCAGAACUAACAAGAAUGUGUAACACUCUACGUAAUCUGAAGGAUAUUUUAUGGAUUCUUGUAGAAGAUAGCACAGAACCUUCAUGGGUUGUAUCAAAUAUUUUAGAUGAUUGUGGUGUCCCUUUUGUACACCUAAAUAUCCCAACACCACAGUCAGAAAAACCUAAAGUGAAUGAACCCUUUUGGUUUCGUCCUAAGGGCAUACUUCAACGUAAUCUUGGACUACAAUGGUUGCGCCAGAAUCUUAUUUUAGGUAGAAACAAAGGUGUCUUAUACAUCGCCGAUGAUGACAACUCCUAUAAUUUACGUAUUUUUGAGGAAAUGCGUGGUACAAACAAAGUUUCAACAUGGCCGGUUGGAUUUGCAGGUGAACUCCCAUGGGAGGGUUGUGUGACGUCUAAAAAUCGGACGCACAUUAUAAGUAUGUGGUCAGUAUACAAACCCGAGCGUCCUUUUCCAAUUGAUAUGGCAGGAUUUGCAGUUAAUAUUGAUCUUAUUCUUCAACACAAGAAUGCUGGAUUUGACUACAAACGUUUACGUGGAAUGCAGGAAUCACAAUUUUUGUUAGAUCUUGGUUUAAAAAAUUGGAGAGAAUUGGAACCACUAGCAGAUGGUUGUCGGAAGAUUCUAGUGUGGCAUACACGUACAGCAGAACCACUUUUAACACUAUGGAAUAAACUGGAAUCGCAAGGAGUUAUAGCUCCACCUAUAGAUGAUUGGCCCUAA